AGCAGGGGGAUCUCCAAGUCUUCCUGCCUUCGUCGAGAGUCAAGUCUAUAAUUGUUCACCCACACCCACACUGCGAUGCUAUUUCCGUGCCCACAGUAAGCCCUACCUCAAUCGCGCAGUUGAUUUGCUGCUUCAGGGUAGGACAAACCAUCGUCGAAGGGGAUGUGGGUCGACCUAUUUUGGUCAACUUUAUCUGUCUUUCUACUUCCGAUGAAUUGCCGUUUUUGUUGUAAGCGUUUGCACAUGCAGGUUGGAGGCUGGUGAACUGCAUACACAAAUUUGAUAGUCGGGGAGAAAGAGGAGUUUCUCACAGUGUCUUUGGUGAUUGGAUCAUCCUCGAGGAGCUUUUAGCUCGAAGGGUUUCCUGAUUUUAAGUUUGGAACCGAGUUCGUAACUAUGGCGAAGCUGAGUCGAGGUCAAAGGAGAGGAGCUGGCACGAUGGCUUUGUUGGUGCUGGUCCUGUUGUCUCUAGCGCUCAUGCUCAUGUUGGCACUUGGCUUUGUAGCCAUGCCAUCGGCGUCCCACGGGAGUUCGGCUGACGUUGUGGAAAUCAAGCUGCCCUCACACAGGCAUUUUGGUGCCAACCCCUUAUCACGUUGGGUUGAAGUCCUCUCUUGGGAGCCCAGAGCCUUUCUAUAUCACCACUUUCUGACAGAAGAGGAAUGCAAUCAUCUAAUUGAAGUGGCCAGGCCAAGUCUGGUGAAGUCAACGGUUGUAGAUAGUGAUACAGGAAAGAGCAAAGACAGCAGAGUACGCACAAGUUCAGGUACAUUUUUGAUGCGAGGCCAAGAUCCUGUGAUCAAAAGAAUCGAGAAGCGAAUAGCUGACUUCACAUUUAUACCUGCUGAGCAAGGUGAAGGCUUACAAGUUCUGCAGUACAAAGAAAGUGAAAAAUACGAGCCCCAUUAUGAUUACUUCCACGAUGCAUACAAUACCAAAAAUGGCGGCCAAAGAAUUGCUACCGUACUGAUGUACCUGUCAAAUGUCGAGGAAGGAGGAGAAACAGUUUUUCCAGCUGCUCAGGUGAACAAGACUGAAGUUCCCGAUUGGGAUAAAUUAUCUGAGUGUGCUCAGAAAGGUCUUUCUGUGCGACCACGCAUGGGAGAUGCCUUGCUUUUCUGGAGCAUGAAACCAGAUGCGACACUUGAUUCCACUAGCUUGCAUGGUGGCUGCCCCGUGAUCAAGGGUACCAAAUGGUCUGCUACUAAGUGGUUACAUGUAGAAAACUAUGCAGCCUGAUGAGGAUGGUACAAGAUGUCUUCUGCAGGAAGUGAAUUGUCACAAGCACCUGGUACAAGCAGAUUCGAAAUGCUUGGAUGUAAUGCAUGGAUGUUGGGAGAGGACAAACAUACAAAUUUAUGAUUCUGCAUUACGUGAGAUGUAAUGAUGAACCACCUCGUGCCUAUCUGAAUUCAUAUGAACAAACGAAUAGAUUUCCAAUUCAUACCAAUAAAACAGAAAAGCCGCUUAACUUAUUUGUUAACUUAGGCAGUUUUUUUGUUUUAUUAUUGGUGGUUUGCAAUCGACCUUAACGACCAUUUCUUGUAAUCACCACAAACAAGCAAAAUGCAUAUCUGAUUUCAUUCAAAAUAUACUUAUAAAGACUGCUGAAUCUAUAACAAACAAAAUAUAUUUCAUGCUUU